GAGAAAAAGAGAAGUGGAGGAUUUAUUACGCCGUGAGUUCUACGGGCUGCUUAAAUCCUGUUUGGAAGGAUUUCGCAUGAAUCCUGCUUAAAACCUGUUGCUAAACAGCCCCCUUAAUGUGACCAUCGCGCCUGACUCCCUCCUUGUAGCGAACCUCCGCUCGCUAUUUCAUUGCCUUCGCCGCACUCUUCGAUGAUCCUGGUUCCCUGCCACUGCCAUCCUGCCGCAGGUUGCGCAUGCCUUAUAGCUGAAAGCUGGAGCACUAGAGCGAAAGCGUCAAGGGAAAAGGCUGAGGGCUGGAGGUUGAUAUUUUUGUGACCUUGUUGGAUGGGAAGUAAAUUUACAAGUUAAGGAUUCUGUUGAAUGUUAUGUCUGGAGCUUCGUUGCCAGCCUCCAUAAACAGUCCUGUACUCCGCCGCGCAGGUGGUAAACCUGCUCUUUCGGAACAAGGUUUGGCUGAAACAAGUGAAGGAGAAGGUUUACCUUUAUCAGUUGAGAUGAUGGACUUGAAAAGUGGGAAUGUACUGAUCCAUGGUGCUGCCAUAACACCAUCUCCUGUCCUCUUAUGGAGAUUAAAGGUUCUUCUUUUCCUUGUAUGGGGAAUUAGCUGUUGCAAGAUUAGUUGGGAUUCUGUUAUGAGAAUGAGUGCUGAUCUUCAAGAUUUAUUCCUGUAUGAGGCAUUUCUUUAUUAUAAUCCUCUUCUUCUUGUGACAUUUACGGUAUUCCUUUGGGGAGUGAACUUAUGGGUUUUCGGUCAAUCAUCAGUGAGCUACUCAAAAGUAUUUGACCUAAACAACAAUUAUCUUACACACCGGGAAAUUUUGAAGUGUGCAACAUGGAUGGCCAUAGUGGUUCCAACAAGUAUGACAGCUUAUUUGUAUCUUUACUCUCAUGGCGAAGUCUCAUUAGCUGCAUCUCAGCCAGUUAUCCUAUAUGCUAUUUUUGUGAUGGUUCUCAUCUUUCCUUUUGACAUUUUCUACCUAUCUUCUCGUUUCUACUUCUUAAGGACAUUAUGGCGUAUCAUUCUUCCGUUACAAGCAAUAUCUUUUGCUGACUUCUUCUUGGCUGAUAUUUUGACGUCAAUGUCAAAGGUGCUCUCAGAUCUGGAGCGAUCCAUUUGUCGGAUGGUAAAUCAUCAGGUUGCUACCAUUGCAUGGUUUGAAGCUGAUUCCAUAUGUGGUAGUCACUCUAUUGCGAUACCUUUAGUCCUGGUCUUCCCUUAUUUGUGCCGCUUCUUCCAAUGUCUGCGUCAGUUUAGGGAUACCAAAGAAAGAUCUUCACUUUUGAAUGCUCUGAAAUACUCGACGGCAAUCCCAGUGGUAUUUCUUUCUGCCCUCAAGUAUCAUGUUUUGCCUGCGAACUGGACAAACUUUUAUCGUCCCCUUUGGCUUCUUUCUUGUACAUUGAACUCAUUGUAUUCAUUUUACUGGGAUAUUACCCGAGACUGGGAUCUGAGCAUUUUCUCAUCCGUAUUCAAGUUCAAGAAUCCAAAUCUCUUCACCAGCCUUUUAUAUGGGCGAAUGUGGGUGUAUUACUGGGUACUUAGCAGCAACCUAGUUUUCAGAUGCACUUGGACUUACAAGCUCUCAGCUCAUCUGCGCCACAACUACCUGACUGUUUUCACUGUGACUGCAUUGGAGAUAUUUCGUCGGUUCCAAUGGAUAUUCUUCCGCGUGGAGAAUGAGUGGAACAAAAUGACUUCGAAGACAGUUUCAGAGCUUAAAAUGGAAGAAAUGUUAAAUGAAGAGUCCCGACUAUUAGGAUCUUCCAACCAUAAUGUCUGAGCAGAACAGCAUUUUUUCUUCUUUCAAAUGGUUCUCCAGAAUUUUGUUAGUUUCCAUCAAGCCAUUAUCCAAAAUCCCCCCCAUUUUUUUUCAUUUUUCAUUUUUCAUUUUUGUUUUUUGAACAAGCCUUACUUGCAUUCAUCACAAAAUUAGUGGGAAUGGUCUAUAUUUACUUUA